AUGACGCUCCAGGAAAAAACUGUUGCAUCAUCUCAGACCACAAUACUUUCUACUCCCGAACUUAUAUCUCCUGCGCUUGCCAGAGACUUACAAGACUACAGGAAGACUUCCCUGAAUCUACUCAUGGGAUUUCUAGCCUUUCAGUCGGUGUCAGGAUCUCGAGGUCUUGCAGUGGCUACCCUCACGCUGAUACUAUAUACUAUCAGCCUGCACAUCACUGCUAGUGCGGGCGUCUCUCACGUAAGGCAUUUUGAAUCACUGUCCAUGCACAAGCACCUGAAACCACAGCAGCUUGGAGCAGUAAUUUUGGGAAUUUUGCAUGCAAUCCCAGCGGUUGGAAUUCUCGCCGUAACGUCAGUGGAGUUGACGUUUGCAGUAAAAUCACCAGUAAUGGCUGUUUCUAUCAUCAUAUCUUGUUUCCUCCCUACGAUGAUUGCGGUUUUUCAGUACCUCCGUAUGCGGUACAUGAGGACAAUGAUAGGUCAACUCCCGAUGACCGUCCCUGGGGACCUCCCAUCAGAAGCGGCGUGA